ACACUAACACUCUCACAUAGACACACACACACACACGCGCGCACACACACACACACACACACACACACACACACACACACACACACACACACACACACACACACACACACACACACACACACACACACACACACACACACACACACACACACACACACACACACACACACACACACACACGUCCUAUUACUCUGGUGACGUAGAGAGAUACCAAUAAAAGAUGCUCUAUAGUCGAAGGGGUUCACGCUCACAGAAUAUUGUCGAAAGUACCGAUUUUUUUUUUACUAAACGUCAGCAUGUAACAGAUUUUGGCUCAACUGUCCAAUUGGCGAACGGUCUUUUGGGCGUAAAGGUGAGCACAUCGAUGGAUGAGCUCUGCGCAUUAUGAUGGUACUUUGUCUUUGACAGAUUUCUGUAGCAAAGAAACGGAGCGCGUCUGCAAACUAAUAUGCCUAAUGUUAUCAUCGCAAUGGCGUGGAUCAACAUUUCUAAAUAUAAAUGUAUUCGAUUAUAAAUAGGCCACUCACCUGUGCCAGCAUUGCGUAUGGGAAUAUUUUGAGGAGCAGAAUAUUUCAUAUUGCUGAAGACGCAAAAAAACAUGGACAACGACAUGGAUGUAUACUUUAUUCUGACCGAUUUUUCAACAAUGUAAAAAAAGAAGAAAAAAAAAAGAAGCAAAGAAACUACCUUCCAGAAGUCCAACUGCCUUCCAACUUUUCCGACCGUUAACCAGCACGAUGUUUUCGGGCCCGUCUGAUCUCAACUACAGCUUCAACGUGAGCGCCGACCGGGAUUUUAGUACAUCAACGGGCACGGAGAUGCUGUCCCCGACAGGGUUCGUCGUGCUGUCCGUUGCCCUGGGCUUCAUCAUGACUUUUGGCUUCGUAAAUAACUUUGUUGUGCUGCUGCUGUUCUGCAAAUUCAAGACACUGCGAACUCCCGUGAAUAUGCUUUUGUUAAACAUUAGUGUCAGUGACAUGCUGGUGUGCGUGUUUGGCACUACACUCAGUUUUGCGUCCAGCAUCAAGGGAAGGUGGCUGCUCGGUCGCAUUGGCUGCAGUUGGUAUGGCUUCGUCAACUCCUGCUUUGGCAUCGUGUCGCUGAUUUCCUUGGUGAUCCUGUCCUACGACCGCUACAGCACGCUCACCGUGUGCAACAACAACCGUUGGCCCGACUACCACAAGCCCCUGGUGGCGGUGUGCUGCUCCUGGGUCUACUCCCUCGUCUGGACGGUGCCCCCCCUGCUCGGCUGGAGCAGCUACGACCUCGAGGGCGCCGGGACCAGCUGCUCCGUGUCCUGGAAGGUCCGGACGGCCCAGUCCCAUGCCUACAUCAUCUGCCUCUUCAUCUUCUGCCUGGGCCUGCCUAUGCUGCUUAUGGUCUACUGCUACGGCCGGCUGCUUUGGGCUGUCAAACAGGUGGGCAAGCACCGCAGGACGGCGGUGCGCCGGAGAGAGUACCGCAUCCUGUUCAUGGUGCUGACCACGGUGGUGUGUUACCUGGUGUGCUGGAUGCCCUACGGCGUGGUGGCCAUGAUGGCCACCUUCGGCCCGGACAACAUCAUCAGCCCGGUGGCCAGUGUGGUUCCCUCGCUGCUGGCCAAGAGCAGCACGGUGAUCAACCCCCUCAUUUACAUCCUGAUGAACAAACAGUUCUACCGGUGCUUCCUGAUCUUGUUCCACUGCAAAGGCCGGGCAGGGGCCCAGAGAGGGGGGUCCUCCCUGCCGUCCAGGACCACCAUCAUCCAGCUCAACCGCCGGGUGUACCGCAACACCGUGGCCUGCACCGACCAGUCCACCUCGAGGAACCUCCAGGCGUGCACCAGCCUGCCCACCACGGAACGCUUCAGCCCGUCGGUGAUCACCUCAUGACCUGUGGGUCGCCCUCCGAGAACCUCGGAGGGCGAGGCUCUUUACCCCGGAAGGGUGAAAGGCUGUGGCACGCAGGAUCGACACGCGGUGUGUUGAGCACCGGGCCUGAGGUGGUGCAGUGUGUGAAGGGAUAGCAGUGUUCUGAGGUUUGAUCUGUGGAGCUGUGUUUUUGUUUAUCGUGCUAUGUGUUGCUUCAACACUUAACAACGCUGUUACGUUUGGGUAUGAGAUUAGAGGUGUAAUGUACAGUAGGAAAUGUACAUAUUUAAGGUAUAACGUACCAUAGAUAACAUAUAAUUGCCGAUGUGGGUAUCUUCUGAAGAAAAGGAGCGCAGUUGGUCAAGCCAACAAUUUUACGGGAGCAUGCUAACAUGCUAAUGCUAGCAAGGCUUAUUGGCAAACAUGCUAGGUUCUACGUCCCUUGGUCACUGUGCGGCAGACCUCCGCAUUGAACAUUCAGGAUGUGCCUGCUCAUAACUUAUU